UGAAUAUAUUUAACAAAAGGAAAAUGAUCUAGAUGUGACUAUUCCUUUACUAAUAGCAAAAUACAAAUACUAUUAGCUCUAAGAUCAUGAUAAAAAGUUAUAAUUAUACUAACACCAGAUUGAUCCACCGUUUCAAAAUCAGAGUUUCUGAAUUGUUUUAAAAAUGUAAGACUCAAAAUGCCAUUGACUAUAUUAUAAGUAUUAGGGAUAUCCUGAACAAUGAUAAUUCAGAUUUUAAUUUUAUACUUAAUAAAAUUCAUGGAAAGUCUCAGUUGAUAAUUUAAGAAAAAAAUGAAAAACCCAAUUAAAUAUUAGUUAAGAAAUCAAUUCCAUCUUGGCAACUUAAUAUUCAAGAAAAUAAAUGUCUAUCUCAAUUUUAUGAUAAAGAUUUCUGGAAGCUCUACGAUAUUAUGUAAUUAUAAAAGUAAUAAAUAAUUAAAAAUUAGAUAAUAUUGUUCAAACCUCAUCCUAUUUCAUAAAACAAGACAAGAAAAUAUAGAAAGAUUGUACAUUUAAAGUUUAGAAAGGAAUUAACGAUUAAAUAAAUAAAUACCCUAACCAACAAUUGAAAUGAAUACUUUAUUAGAAAAAGCUUAAUAACUAAAGACUCUAUAGAUAGAUAAACCAAUAUAAAGUUAAUACAAGAAUAAAACUAUUAUCAUGUUUCGGAGUCCAAGUCCAAAUAAAUAUCAUUAUACAAAUAAUAGGUAUUCAUUCUCAAUAAGUCCAAAAAAAAAAUAAAAUAGAAAUCAAAAAAGUUAUGAGAUUGAAAUUAAUAGCAUUUUUAAUGCUGAAAAUAUAAAUCUUUUAGCUAAAAAUUAUUAGAUAUCGUAAAAUAAUAAUAAGCAAGUCUUGCAAAAUAAUAAAAAUAUUUCAUUCAUAAAUGAAUCAUUAAAAUAAAAAAAUAACUUCAAAAUGUUUUAAGAGAAUUUUAGUCCUUAAAAAAUAGAAAAAAAGUAAGAUCUUUAUUUGCCAGAGAUUAAGUCUCCUCAUUUUUUCGAGUAGAAAGGUAUCUAAAUAUGUUAUUUAAGAUAUAACAAAGACUAUUUUAAUUUCAUAAAAUAAUGAAACUAUGGUUCCUGAUAAUUUUUUUUCAAAAAAACCUCCUUUGGGUUCUGAAUUUGAUAGUUCUAUUCGCUAAUAAAUUAGGCCUCUUUAUUAGAUUAGUUCUAGAACUGUAUAAACAAUUCGAGGUUUAGUAAAUAAAUGA